UCAGUAUCUUCACAAUAAAACAACGCACUUUCUAGGAACCCUUCCGACUUUUGCUGUAUCUCGUAUUUAAAUAAUUAGCGAUUUAUUGAACGAACGGGUUUAAUUGGAUGUUGGAGGUCAACAACUACGUUUGGGUUUCAAAGAAGUUUCGAAUGUAAUUCGAGGACUACCCAUAAAAAUCUAAUGAGUUAAAUGAGAAGUGUUCAGGGUACUUCUGUGUGCGUUUUUAAUAUUAUUCCAACGAUCUUACAGAAACAAGAAUGGUAAAAAACGUCAUUUGGAUUCCUAGCAGCCUACUGUUGUGUUUUACUGGUUUCAUAUUAUGCGCGAAUGAUCGAUUGGCAUCACGAAGAUUUUGUGGAUAUCAACACAGUGACGAGUAUAGCAGAGAUAGUCCUAACGUGACAAUCAAUGAAUUCCCAUGGGUAGCUCAACUACUAUAUGACGAUAAGCGAAGAGUACGCUGCACGGGGUCACUAAUAAAUAAUCGUUAUGUGCUAACGAGCGCACAGUGUGUGAGUAACAAUCAAAACCUUGUGGGGGUGCGUCUUGGCGAUUUCAACAGAACCAGCGUUGAGGAUUGCGUUCAUCAUACCAUCUUUGGAGAAGAAUGUAGCGAACCCGUUCAGGAAUUUGAGAUUGACGAAAUUAUUCCACAUCCUAAAUUUAAUAAAAGCACCUCAGAGGACGAUAUUGCUGUUAUUCGGCUGUCGCAUAAUGCACAAUAUACAGAUUAUAUCCGACCAAUAUGCCUGCCAAUACCUGGCAGUAGAGAUAUAGGCGAUAAAGAACUCGCUCUAUCUGGUUGGGGAAUUUUGGGCCGCUUACAGAACAUUACCGAAGUGAAAAAGAAAAUUCUAGCAAGUUUUGUGGGUUUGGAAGAAUGUAACGCAGUUUACAAUAAGUCUGGUAGGACUCCUAAUGAAAAUAAUAUAUGCGCCAUUGAGAAAACCGGCCGUAGUUGUCAUGGGGAUGGUGGAGGGCCUUUAAUGUUAUCCGUACGAAACCAAUGGGAAGUGGUAGGCAUACUACUGUAUGGGGUGGGUUGUGGCAUGGAUGCCCCCUCCGUUUAUUUAAAUGUGGCAAACUACGUCGAAUGGAUUCAAGCACAACUAAAAAUCUGAAAACUUUCCAAAUGUUAACUCAAAUUUAAAAUAAGUCGAUCUAUACCAAAUUUCUUGGGUAUACUUUAACGUUUUAACCAAUAGACUACACGAGUCCGAGCGCCACAGGCAUUAAAUAGCAUCAGAUGAUUAUCCACGUAAUAAUACAACCCAUUGCAGUCUCUUAAUUUGUAAUCAGGGAUCGUUUUACUGUCGAUAUGCUUCGCAUCCUUUUAAUUUCUUCAGUGUGCUUUCCCUAAAGAAAGUAAUGCAGCAGUUGAAGAUAGUGUUACAAUCCAAAUUUCAAUUUUCCGAUUGAACCGCCUGAAACACGGGUUGCCGUAAAUUGCGGACAGGAUAUUCAUCUUCUUGGAGAUCUGUACGGAAGCUGACAUUCAAUGGGAUAUUUAUGCUGGAGCGCGGAUUGUCACGUAUAAAGAUACGUUUUUGCCAUUCGCGCAACUGGUAGCAUCAUAGUCUUGUGCUUUACCAUUCUAUCAUCCUUAAUAAGACACCGGCGUACCUUUAUGAUAAAAUAAACCUAUAGAACCGAUGUUCAUAAUUUAAAUUUGACAUUUAGGGGUUUAAUACGUCCGCCAUUCCAUCAAACAGCUUUAUUUCAAAGAUGCUUAGUUACAACAUCUACAAGAGAGCAAGUACAGUAGCCAGGUAAUGUUGCAAUUGCUAUCUGAAGUUCAAAUGUGUGUGUGUUUUUUAUAUUUUUUCUUAAGAUUAUCUGUAGUAGUUUUUUUAUAUGGUAUUAUCAUUUAAACUUUGAAUUUUGCGUUGGGUGGAAGAGCAGUGAGUAAUAAUUUUUAUUACAAUCUGAACUCCGCCCUUUGAGCAGUGAGUAGUUGGUAAAAACACUUUUUAUUCGUGUAAAAAAGGUGUAGGUAAAUAAAGGCAUUAUUAUUAUUA